GUCUUAUUUUCGGGGAAACACAGUAUGUGCUGGCAUCCUCAUAAUUUCUCAAAGUUAGAUAUUUUUAUCCCCAUUUUAUGGAUGGGGGGAAAACAAAGGCAAGUAACUCCAUGCCACAGAGUGAGUGAGUGGUGCUGAGAUUCAAGCCCAGGUCUGUUUGGGUCCCAAACUCCUGCUUUUGAGGUCUUACUUGAAUGCACAAUCACAGGGGGAGCUGCCCCCCUGCUGCCCUGAUCCCAGCUGAGAGUCCUGCAGGGCCCUGCCACCCCCCUGUGGGUGCUAAAGUGCAGGUUUGCUAUUGGAAGGAAUCAACCCACUCCCUAGUGAGUGUUUCCUGUGUGCACUCGCUGGCCUCUUUCCUGGUUUUGGAUGGCAAAGCUGCUUACCUGUGUGAGGGGGAAAACAGCCUGUUGGGGCCUCUGUCCCCAAGAAAGCAGGGCUACACAGCAAAGUAGGGCAUCUGGUUGUCCUAUCUCAGGACGGGUGAAAGACAGACGGGCUUGUUAAAAAGGAGGACAGCUUUGCCAAGUGUGACAUCUAUCUGGCCCUUGCGCCUGUCACCAGCCACCUGGGGAGCAAAUGCUCCUGUUUUCAUGGGGCUUUCUCUUCCCACCUCUGCGUGCCACGCCCCCAGCCCCACUAACCACAAGGAACUAACAGUAGUGGCGCGUUUGGUGGCCCAGUUAACGUGACUUCCACACAAACACCACUGAGUGCCUUUGUUGUCACCAAAGGUCCCCCAAAGUGAGUUCUUAAAAUAAAAAUCACAGUCCUGCAAAUUGAUGUCACCUGGGAUCCCUUUUUUCUUUUCCUUGCCUUGGUUUCCUCAUUCAAAAUUCAAAAUGGAAAUCUGAUUUUCCUCUUGUUUGCCAUUAAGAUAUAUGAUGAGGAGGAUAUAAACAGGAGGAGACAUGUCAUAUGCUAGAAACAUAAGGCCAGUUUUGUGUCUUAGGUUUUAGCUGAAAACAACAGUGCUGCUGACACCAAUAGUUAAUUGACAUUUUUUAUGUAAUAAGUCUGGAUGUUUCCAGUGUGCCUGGACCACUGUUUUCUACAGGGUGCUGUGUUUUAACAAUGGCAGCGGUGACUUCCAGGAACAGGCCUGUUUCAUAAAGGUUAACUUGACUGCAGAGGUUGGCCGGCUGCAGGGACGGCCUUCCCUGGGCCUCCUGCCCUCUCUGUGGCAGAUGGCCGCCAUUCCCCUGGUGGGUUGGCACAGCUGGCGCUAGAGCCACUGCCUGCUGCCUUCCUUCACUGCUCGUGGAAACCGCCACAGAUCUCGGGAGGGAAGGGAGAACGAGGAGAAAGUGUGCAGCAGGCUGGGGUCUUCACUGCAGGCCUGGGGCAAGGACUGCCCACGGCCAGGGCGUUUGCUCUCUGCACAGAGAGUGUAGGCUGAGCCUUAUGGAUGUGGAUAAACUACCUGGUUUUUUAGAGCCUCCGUCUAUCUUUCUGGAAGGGCAAAAUUCUUUUGAACGAUGUCAUGAUUGUGAACAGUGUUCUUAGUUCUUUAAGGGCUGGGACCAGGUCUCCCAUAUAGGGCACAGUGCCUGGUGCAUAGUAGGACCACAAAGUAAUAUUUUCCCCUGAUAUGGAACCCCCUAUAGAUCCAUGGCUGGGCAGCAUGACAAGCAAUCAUUUAGGAAACACUUUCCUUCUUCCUUUGCAUUUCUCUGUGCCUGACAAAGUAUGGCAUCUGUUCACCUUUCCUCCAUCCUCAUUCCUGUUUGCAUUUAUUUUGCUUAAAAAGCAUUUUCCUUCUGAACAAUUAAGUAGAGCUGAUAGGACCCUACCAGACACCCCUCUCCUGUUUGCAUCCUGAGAGGGGUUGUUGAAAUGUGUUCUGUUUGGUUCAGCUUAAAUCUAGGAGUAGAUUGACCAGUGUGGUAGGAGAGAUUGUCUUCGUCCUAAGAGCUGCCCCUAAUAGGUAUGUAGAGUCUUCUGAGGUCUCUGGACAGUGCAGUUUACCCAGAUCCAGAUAAGACAGGGGCUAGAACUCCCAGUGGGCUCCUGGGCGCUGGAUGGGAGGGUGUCCUUUAGAGAAAAGGGGAAAAAAAUCCACCCAGAUGGAAUGAUAAAGGAGUGACAUCACAGUAGGCAUGGCAACCGUGGGGUAAUCACAAUCUCCCCACGAGGUGGUCAGAACCCCAGGGGAAGACCUAGUUUCAUCAAGCUCCUUUUCCCUUUACAGCAGGCAGGAGCAGGGAGGCGUGGAGGAGGGAUUGCUUAUCCGACGGCUAGGACAGGCCACGGGGUUUGUGUCUUACCCCAGAACUGCCCCGCUGCCCUGAAAAUCCCUCUGGGGAGGGUGGUGUGCCACUUCAAAGCAUUCGCAUUCUGUCGCUUUAUCAUCCAGGGUUGCCCUGGGAGUUUGGCAGGAGAGAGGGAGCAAAGAGGGAGAGACGGAAGCGCGUCAUUGGAGGGUGAAGUAGAGAUAGGAUAGGAUUGCCAGAGCUCCAUCCUCAGUGACUCCUCCCCAGACGCUCUGACCCUCUCUGAGAUCCCACGGUCAGUGUCCUCUGCCUCCCUGGCCUCUCCGGCCUGCCGUUCUGCAGAAGAUGGUGUUGCGCUGCCUGGAAGCCAUGUACUUUGAAUAUAGCAAAGUUCGAACCUGCUGAGGCUCCUCCUCAUUUGUGACCCAGAGCCCUUGAAACAAAGGUGAUGGAUGCCCUUGUCCCGCUUCUGGGAGGAUCUGUGGCUUGGGGACCAGUUCUACAAGGAAGCCAUUGAGCACUGCCGGAGUUAUAACUCGCGGCUGUGUGCAGAGCGCAGUGUACGUCUUCCCUUCCUGGACUCACAGACUGGGGUUGCCCAGAACAACUGCUACAUCUGGAUGGAGAAGAGGCACCGAGGCCCAGGCCUUGCCCCUGGCCAGCUGUAUACAUACCCUGCCCGUUGCUGGCGCAAGAAGAGACGAUUGCACCCACCUGAGGAUCCAAAGCUGCGGCUACUGGAAAUAAAACCUGAAGUGGAGCUGCCCCUGAAGAAGGAUGGCUUCACCUCGGAAAGCACCACGCUGGAGGCCUUGCUCCGCGGUGAGGGGGUGGAGAAGAAGGUGGAUGCCCGAGAGGAGGAGAGCAUGCAGGAGAUACAGAGGGUUUUAGAAAAUGAUGAAAAUGUAGAAGAAGGGAACGAGGAAGAAGAUUUAGAAGAGGAUAUUCCCAAGCGGAAGAACAGGACAAGAGGACGGGCUCGUGGCUCUGCAGGGGGCCGGAGGAGGCAUGACGCCGCCUCUCAGGAAGACCAUGACAAGCCUUACGUCUGCGACAUCUGUGGCAAGCGCUACAAGAACCGGCCGGGACUCAGCUACCACUAUGCUCACACUCACCUGGCCAGCGAGGAGGGGGAUGAGGCCCAAGAUCAAGAGACCCGGUCCCCCCCCAACCACAGAAACGAGAACCACAGACCUCAGAAAGGACCGGAUGGAACAGUCAUUCCCAAUAACUACUGUGACUUCUGCUUGGGGGGCUCCAACAUGAACAAGAAGAGUGGGCGGCCUGAAGAGCUGGUGUCCUGUGCAGACUGUGGACGCUCUGGUCACCCCACCUGCCUGCAGUUCACCCUGAACAUGACCGAGGCUGUCAAGACCUACAAGUGGCAGUGCAUAGAGUGCAAAUCCUGCAUCCUUUGUGGGACCUCGGAGAAUGACGACCAGCUGCUCUUCUGCGACGACUGUGACCGCGGCUAUCACAUGUACUGUUUAAACCCCCCAGUGGCUGAGCCCCCAGAAGGUAAUGACGUGAGGUCAGCCCUAACAACGGCAGCAGCUACUACCACUGCCACUACUGGGCCCUCACUGUGGCGCAGGCCUCGUGCUAAUGGCUUUACAUGUCUUGUCCCAUUUAAUCACCACAGCCCUGAGGUAGGUAUGACUACUACCAUUUCACAGAUGAGGAAACUGAGGCACAGCUGAACCAGCUGGAAUUUCAACUUGAGGGCCGAGGAGAUGUUUCACAGACACGUAGCUGAGAUGGCAGGGCAGGUGGGGAGGGCCUGACGGCAGGGGCAGGGGGAGGGUCCCUACAGCCGGUCACAGGAUCGCCCCUGAGCACACACUUCCUGUGGGGCAACAGACUGCAGCUCGAGUUCAGGACGGGGACUUGGCCUGUGAGCUGUGAACAUCAGAAGAGAACAGGGUUUCCAAGCAGUUAGGGCCGCUGGGGUUGGGAGAGGGGCUGCUACUCACGCCGUCUCCUUUCUUGCAGGAAGCUGGAGCUGCCACUUAUGCUGGGAACUGCUCAAAGAGAAAGCCUCAGCCUUCGGCUGCCAGGCCUAGGCCCCCAGGUCACAGGAUGUGACUGGCUGCUGGGGAGGCGGAAGCGGAGCCCAGUUCAAACCAGAUCACGCCCUCCUCCCACAUGGCCCGACAGGCCAACUGUAAGGAAAAGCAACAGUCCCGGCGGGGCACGGCACGCGGCACCGAGAGGGCGAGGGACCUGCUCACCUGCCCCCACCUACGGUACUUCAGCCAGCACCCCCUCGUUUCCACCAGAAGGACCUUGCACUGUUGCGGAACACCCCGCCCCAGCCCGUGGACCCCUCUCACCUUCACCCUGGCGCUACGGCCCCCUCGCUGGUCCCCAUUUUAAGGGAAGCCAUUUUGUGACCACUCAUCCACCAUUCGUGUGUAGUUUGGUGUUUUUUUUUUUUUUUUUAUCUAUCGUGUUCCAAGAAAUCUUCACGCAGCCUCCUCCCUACUGCCGGCUUGGGCUCCGCGUCCUGAACUCUCUCCAGAGGAACAGAGGGCUGCUGCUGAGAAGCCGCGGUUUAGUGCGAGCCUCACCAGAAACUUUACACUUGAAGCCUUGACGCCCCCUUCCUGUUCCCAGGUCGCUGCGGAGAGGAAGAGUUGAUUUCUAGAGCCCCAGCAGUGGCCCCCACAGCCAGGAUGGUCUCGAUCCACUGUGCUAGGUGACUUAAGGGGGUGGGGAGGGAAGUAGAGGCACUGAGAGUUGGGAGGAAACAUUGUGAAAAUAAUGCUGUGGCCCCGCCAUGGCCAGACAGUAUUUGUUAUCCAUCAGGAGAGACUUUGCAAGGGACCAGGCUGGUUCCUUGGCCUUCAGCGCUGGGGCAUCCUUGAGGUGAGACAAGCCACAGCCUAAGGACAGAGGAAGGACAGAUGCUCAAGACUCUGUCUCCCACCCACCUGGGCCUAGAGGCCUGGGCCAGCUUCCCCAGAACAGGGUGACCCAGGAACCAGGAAGGCGAGCGCAGGCUGCCCAGUCAAGGUUCCCAGCGUGGGGUACAAGGGACCGCGGCUUUGAGAAACGCUUAAGUAUUGAUGCAAAGCUAUGAAUUCCUUUUCCCAAGUAAUUUCCUCCCUCCACUGUAUGUUUGCCAUUGUCUCCCGAGCCCCGACUGGAAAUAUUCGGAUGGGAGAGAGAUGACUGUUACCCACACAAACAGGGCGAUGAGGUUGUGUGUGAUCAGGGUGGCGAUGAUUCGGAACCCUCGGCUGGAGGACCGCUUGUGUCUCCUCAUGUCCCCAGUGUGUGCCAGACUCUUUUUGUUUUUUUUUUAAAAAAUGUUUCUAGAAGAAAGAGGUGGGGAGGCUCAGCUUCCGAGAACUCUGUGUGUUGGAAGACAGCCCUGCGGGCUGCAGCGGAUUGGCUGUCUUUGAAUCGCAGCAACAGCACAAUCACUGACACAUUUCUGGAAAAAUCAUUUGCCCAAAGGGCAGGUCUCAGUGAGCAGGACCCUCGCGCAUGCUUGGCUUCCCUGAAACCGGCUCUGUCUCUGUGGCCCGGCUGCUUGCAACAAAGACCCCGGUUAUUUUUAGUUCUUCGGCUCCUGAAGGAGCCCUGGAGACUCCGGCGAGCUGGGCCACUUCUGCCCAGCUGCUGUGUCCGCUCAGCCACUCAGCGGCAGCGUUCGUUCGUCUCCCGGCUAAUUGCUGUUGGCCGGUGGCCCCAGGGCAGCCUGGCGUGGAGCCGAGCGGUGUGGGUCUCCCCCACUCUUUGCACGGUGACCUGUGGACCGAGAUGGGGGUCACUCUCCUGCAGGGGCCUGAGAGUAACACACAUGCAUAAUGAUCUCAUUUAAAGGGCCCCUGUCUGGGUGGAAUUUUCACCUUUCUCCUAAGAUAAUUCCUCCCCCCUGCUGGUCGGAUGAGCCCAUCUAGAUUCUGAAAGCCCAGGGAGGGCCGGGGAGGGUGACAUCACCUCAGAGGGGUACGCUUCCUCUCCUGACUACUCUGGCUCUCUCUCUCCCCACAAAAACUCUUCCCUCAAAACCCAUAGCAGGGUGUCUUUAAAGGCCGGUUAUUGGUUUUGUGAUUCAUUUUAAUUUAAUUUUAGAAAAAAAUUUCCCCAAAUAUUCCUAAAUGCCACAAGGACUUAAAAGUGUAAAAAGCAGAUCCGAGACCCCCAAUUUUUCUACUCCACUGUAGACAGGCUCUACUACUUGGCAGGUCCUCUUUGGAGCACGUGCAAAUCCGUCCCCUGCAGAAGUGGGGACGGGAGGGCAGCCGGUGCCAUCUCCAGCCACCGCAUCUGCUCUGCCCACAGGAGCCGAGCCGGGUCUGGGUCUCCCAAACCAACACGGGGCACUGGAACUUGCCCGCAGUGGUGGGGUGGCCCGAGAUCUGAAGUGACAUUAGGAAGGCCCCACAGUUCCCUUCUCAGUUUCAUGACUCCCUGCAGAAGGGGCCCAAGCCCUUCAUCUUUGGAGGCCUCAGUUUCCCCAUCAGGAAAGCAAGGGUAGCAAAACCAGCUGUGGGAUGGUGCUGUCAGGGUGCUGUAAGCAGACAAAAGUCUCCAGAGUCACAUUUAUCACCUGUGUUUUGAAGAAAGGAAGGUGUUGGUAAACUUCAAAUUGGUCUCUUCCUUCGAGCCCCAGAGAAUGAGCCAGAAUCAUAGGAUGUGUGUGAAGGGUCAGGGUUUUAGUUUCCCCUCUGCCACGGAGUAGCUGUGUGACACUGUGCUAAUUACUUAACAUCUCUGAACCCCAGUUUGGUGUGCCCACCUGUAAAAUGGAGACUGUAACACUUGCCCUGGUGAUUCCACAGUGACAUUGGGAGUCUUAAAAAACAUAUGUCACAAAAACCACCACUUCAGAACCGUGCUUGUCUGGGGGAACUGCAGAUGCUUUCCCUGCCCACCUUGUGCAGGUGAGCCAAAUUAGGUGUCUCCUUGGCAUUUUCCUUGGGAGCACAGGGGGUUUCUAUUGCAUGGGCCAGGCUGCCUGGGGUCAGGGCCACGAGGCCAAACCUGUGACCAAGGAAAUGGUGAGUUAUGUGGGCUGCGGUGGUAGGUGAGGGAUUUACCAUGGGUUUGGGGACUUCAGCAGGACUGGCGGUGCAUCUUAGAAUGGAGCGCUGACUUCCGGAGAGGGCCAGCGUUCACUGCAGGGCAGGUGUGACACUCACUUUAUGACCUUGGCUUCAAGCCCAGCUCUGGGCAAAUAACUUCACCUCCGGGAGCCUCAUUCCCCACAUCUGUAAGGUGUGGGGGUUGGGGGUGCAGCCUGUCCAGCAAGGUCGUCCCAGGGAUCAGAGGUAAUGCUGGUGACCGUCCCGGCACGGGCCUGGCAUGAUGAAGGCCCCCAGUGUGUGGUAGCUAUUGCCAUUUUGUGCAGAGGCCGAUGCUGUUGUCUCCCAGCUCAAAUCCCUGCGACGGCCAGGGUACCUUUGCUCUGCUUCCCCUCUAGAUGGUGGCUCCAGCAGACCAGAGAGGUGAGGCUGCAGGACCCACGCUCGGAGUUGCAAUCCUGUUUCCUGCAGGCAUUUCUGAAGCGCUGUUUUUUGGGGGCCGGUAGGAAAUCCAGUGUGGGCAACACUGAGGAAAUGCAGACAGGGCUCCUGCCCAGAGGUUCGCACUCGGGCUUUCCUGCUGCAGCCGGCUGACUCAUCCCAUGGCACCUGGGGCAGGAGCCAGCAGGUCCCCGGGCCCCUGCUCCUGUGCUGGCCCAGGGCGAAGGAGGAGCCUGGGCAGGCCGGCAGCAGCUACUUCCCUGUGGUUCAGGCUCAGACGUCUGACUGGAACCAGGGGAGAGCCUGUGGGAGGGCGGGAGGGAGGCCAGAUUCCUUCAGAGCUGGGGAAGAUAACAGGUUGUGAGGUUGGGGGAGGGUUUGGGUUUCACAGUGAUGGUUUCAUGAUACCCUGGAGAGCUACACUCAUGGCGCAUUUUUGUCUCUGCGCUUUGAAUACAGCACGAUUCCUUUCAGCCCUCCCCUCACAAAGUUUAGAUAUCUUAAGGAAGAAAAAUGAGAUGAGUGUUACUACUUUUCCUUUGUGUGGUUCAGGAAAGACGACUGGGAACCUCAGGCUUCAGGACUCCGAGAAGAGGGGCUUGUAGUGUCCUCUCUGGGUGCAUGUGUGAGAGGGUGGGGGCAGGGCUCCGCAGGUGGCCGGGGUGCCCUGCGGACCCCCUUCCUUGCCCCACAGGCUGGGACGGGAGCAGCCCCCUUCCUCUUCACUGCCCUGCUGCCCACCCUGGGCCUCCUCAGGGAGCCCUGGUGUCACGGCUGUGCCCAAGGGACAAGCUGGUGGCCUGUGCCGGAGCCACCCUCACUCACACCCCACGGAA